AUGGAGGAGGAGAUGCAGCAGCUCAGAGAGCAACUGGCUCAGCUAGAGGCGGACAAUGAGCAUCUUCGCCAGGAGAGGGCUGCGCCUCAGGCCGGCCCUGCUGGGGCUUUCCAUGCUCCCAACGUCUCCUCCGACCAGGCCCGGUCACUGGGCUCUCGUACCCCCUCCACAGAGCGUGUGUUUGUGAUGGCACGUGACCGUAAAUGCCCCUUGUUUAAUGGAGUUGUGGAAGUUAAUGCCAUCUCAGCCACGACACCCCCCCAAGUGACAGACGACCUUAUGCAGGGUAAGGUUGAGAUUGCAGACUUGUCCGCCUUGAGUCCGGAAGAACAGCGCGCACGCAUAUGUCUUUGUUUGGGUGCGGUGGUCACGGCGUUUGGUGACCGGCUGCCUCCUCUGUGGAGCACGCUUGUGGGCUUGGGCGCCACAGUCUGGGUUGUGCGUGUGUGCAUGUCCUCCUCCUCGACUUCGAGCUGCAGUAAGGACCAGCCAAUAAUCCACCUGGCUCUCCCCCUCCUCCCGCUGUCCGUGCGCACGAGUCUUGCGUUGGCCGGCACGGUUAUCCACGUGCGGUCCCAAGCGGGGGCCGCCGCCCCAGAAAAGAAAUCGUUGUUUUGUCCAUUCAUUGUCCUCAUACACAACACUCACCACUGUGCACUGUCCUCACGGUGCCGUGAAAGGCGCACUCUGAUUCGCCCACACACCAGCACUGCUGUGGGGCGUCUUCUGCGAGGCGUUCAGGUGCGCUCCGACUAA